UGGCGUGUGACGAGGUCUCUAGAUGCUGGGGCAGUACAGAUGGCGCUACACACUCCUGUCCACCACCACUGACACCAUUGCCUCCAUUUCAAUGUGUCGGCGUGCAUCAGAGUGUCCCGUACACGCUAGUCUGUGAUCAUCGUGCUGACUGCAAAGACGGGAGCGACGAAGACUUCUGCUACUUUCCACCCUGCCACCCUUUGUCUCCUUUUCGAUGUGCAGGCAGGAGGUGUGUCGAACAUUGGGAGCGCUGUAACGGACAAGUGGACUGCGAUGAUUCUGCAGAUGAACAGCAAUGUCUAACAGGAGUCUUCAAUGAACACAACACACUGGAGCCCGAUCUUCCCCUUCAAAUUGAUUUCGAUUCAAAAGGAAUGUUAUCUUUUUCACCAUACAGCAAACAUGAAUACAAUUCAUCAGAGAUGUUUUUCUGUCCGGAAUCACACUUCAAGUGUGUCAGCCUUCAGCAGGUGUGUCUGCCUGUCUACCUCCGAUGUAACGGGGUCAACGACUGUCCUGGUCACGAAGACGAGGCGGCAUGUGACAGGUACACGUGUCCAGGCUUCUACCGCUGCCGCGCCUCUCAGGUGUGUGUUCACGAGAGUCACGUGUGUGACGGGAUCUACCAUUGUCCUCUACAUGAUGAUGAAAUAUUGUGCAAUGAAACAUGUCCACACAACUGUGUCUGUCACGGCUGGGCUUUUGGUUGUUCUGGUAUCUUCCAUGCUGCUAGCUACCCUAACCUUCGAUACGUUAAUGCCAGUGGGACAGCAAUGAACUUGAUUGACUUUGAAAGUAAUAUCUACCUCGUUCAUCUCAUUCUAGUUCGGUGUAAUAUAACCAGGUUGCAUGAGGUGACAUUGCCUAAUCUCCGCAUUCUGGACCUCAGCAGCAAUCAAUUAACUUACUUUAGCAACAAUUCGUUUACUGGUCUAACACGACUAGAGUCUCUCAAAUUAAGUUUUAAUCCAUUGAAUGUUUUGUCUUUCGUGGAUGCCAUAAGAACAUCGUCUCUCAAAUUUCUUGAUCUUUCGGACGUCGUAAUUUCAAGCUUAGACUUGGGGAACAUUUUCCUCUCUACACUAACAACACUAAAUCUCUCCGGCAGCGGCUUAGAUCACGUGACAGGACAGGGCUUUGAAACCAGCGAGAAGUUUAAGAUUAUUGGACCUGAGACGUUGCCCUAUGACUAUUUUUCCAAGACAAAUAUUUUACAAUCUCACUAAAUACAGGAAAUAUUUGCUGACAACUACAAGCUGUGUUGUCCGGCCAUACUGCCCCUGGUUUCAACGUGCUCAACUGCCACGCUCCUUCCGAUGAAGUGUCUUCCUGUGACGAUCUGCUGCGAUCCGGAGUCUACCGAGCAGGAGUCGCCAUCUUUGCCUCACUGGCGCUACUGGGAAACCUCAGCUCCUUGGUUUACCGUUUGAUGUUGCACAAAACGUCAGGUAACGUCGGGUAUGACGUCUUCGUCACCAACCUGUGUGUGGCGGACUUUCUGAUGGGUUUGUACCUGUCAAUCAUCGGUAUCGCCGACUUCCGGUCCAGAGGAUCCUAUGUCUGGGAGGAUGUCGGGUGGAGAAACAGCAGUUUGUGCAAACUGGCAGGUUUUACGUCUUUACUGUCAUGUGAAGUUUCCGUCUUCAUCAUCUUUCUCAUUACACUUGACCGCUUCCUUGUUCUCCGUUUUCCUUUCAGCCAGGUGCACUUUGGCAAACGUUCAGCGCAGUGCGCAUGCGCAGUGUCGUGGCUCACAGGUGUGGUCAUGGCUUGUGUUCCUCUACUGCCGAUGACGUCACACUGGCAGUUUUACAGCCAGACAAGCAUCUGUGUCCCACUUCCUACCUCCAGGGUACAAUUUCCAGGUCGCGAAUACGCGUUUGGAGUUAUUAUUAUUUUAAAUUUUAUUUUAUUUAUUCUGAUUCUUACUGGACAAGCUUCCAUAUACUGGUCUGUUCACACCAAUUCUAUGUCUUCACAAAAUACAUCGAAGGCAAGAAAAGAGGUUACUAUUGCCAGACGUCUAAUCACAGUAGUGAUGUCCGACUUCUUGUGCUGGUUUCCUGUGGGCUUAACGGGAAUCCUUGCGUCCAGCGGUAUCCCUAUAUCCGGAGAGGUCAACGUGGGGAUCGCCAUUUUUGUUCUUCCUAUUAACGCUGCGGUCAACCCAUUCCUCUACACCAUCAACAUCUACCUCGAACGCAGACGCCGAAAAAGGGAGGAAGAAAGACGGAAGUGUAUAUAAUUAACCAACUAAAGUUUGCUAAUGGAAAUAGAAAGACCACGUUAACUGCUAAUGACAUUAUUGAACUUCUCAAAACGUUGCUUUCGAUGAAAACCUUUUCGCAUAAAGAGAUGCAGAAAAUGUUGCAGGACACUAGUUAAGGAAGAAUAAUAACAUACGCUGCGACAUUAGAAUGAUGAGUACGGUCAGCUUGUCACAAUCACUAUAUCUCUUUCAUAAGCUAAUAAAAAUACACCACAUUUUUUUAAUGAAUUCCCUAGUAAUCUUGC